AUGUUUCCUCAAGUCACAGUAAAAAAAUGUCCAAUUUGCAGUGGUUAUAUUGUUUCAAACCAAAUGCCUGAACACUUAAAAAAACAUAGCCAAGAAUACCAACUAAAGAAAAAUGAAAAUAUAUCUAAACCAAAUAAAAAAACCAAUUUAUUCGACGAAUUUUGUACUGAAACAAGCCAAGAACACCAACUACAGCAAAAUGAUAUUAAUAUGCCUAAAGCAAAUAAAAGAAAAAUCAGUUUAUUUGAUGAGUUCUGUACUGAAACAAGCCAAGACCAACUAGAGAAAAAUGACAGCAAUGUGUCUAAAUUGAAUAAUAAAACCGAUUCAAUUGACGAGAUCUGCACUGAAACAAGUACAAAUGAAAAACGAGUAACAAAUUGGACUAAGUCAGAAACACUUAGCCUUAUUGAGGCAUAUGAAAAUAAUAUUUCGAUAUUUGAAUGUAAUUCAAAAAAAAAUCGCACAGGUUGGAUUCAAGUUUCAAAAGAUUUAAAGAAAAAGCAAAUUGAAUAUACUGAGGAUCAAUGUCAAGGAAAAUUUAAAUAUUUAUUAUUGUGUUACAAAAAAAAACUUGAUAAUAGACAUAAAACAGGAAGUGCCAAUUAUGAGUUUGACUAUUUUGAUGAACUUGAUGGGUUAUUUGGCAGAAAACCAAACAUCAAAUCAAAGUAUUUAGCAUCUUCUAGUCGCAUUUACAAUGGCCUCAAUGAAAAGGGUAUCUUUAACGAAGAUAAUGUAUCAGCUUCAACUCUACAUACUUCAAACACUCCUCCAGAAGCAAAAAAACAAAAAAAAAAAAAUCCCAGUGUCCACGAAGCUGCAAUUCAAAAGAGACACGAUGAAAAAAUGGCCAUGUCUCAACUUGCACUUGAUACAUAUUAA